UAAACUCUAUGAUUUCAGCCUUUAACAUUUUUAGCAUUGAACUAAUUAUACUUUUAAAACUAUAAUUAGCUUUAAAUUGAUGACUUGGAGUUUUUAUUGAUCAGCUCACAAAAGAGUCCAAGAGUAAUGUUCCCUAAGGGGGGUUGGGAAAUUGAUGAGUCGUUGAAAGAUGCAGCUUUACGAGAGACCUUUGAGGAAGCUGGGGUUCUCGGCGAGGUUGAAGUUCAGGAUUACUUAGGUACAUGGAGUUUCAGGAGCAAAAGCCAAGGCACAUUUCAUGAGGGGCACAUGUUACCUUUGCUUGUAACUGAGGAAUUAGAUGAUUGGCCUGAGAAAACUGCCCGUCGACGUUUCUGGAUGAAAUUUAAUGAAGCGCGAGAAGUAUGUUGGCAUCCAUGGAUGAAGGAGGCGUUAGACGUCUUUGCUUCAAAGCUCGCUUAUAGAAACAAAGAAGAGCCUCAGACAUCAUGCCCUUUCAACGAAUUGUCAGAUAAAACAAUGACAAACAUUGAUACUACAGUCGCUAACCAAAUGUACGAUGAAGAACCAAGAAUCGAAGCUGAAGCUAAUCCUUUGACAUGUGAUGGGCCAAGCAUCAACCCAAUCUUCGAAGAUGAACAGAUAAUUAGUACUGUAGCCGAUUCCAUGUUCAUUGAGACAUUGUUCAGUGAAGAACUGGGAAUUAGCCAUGUAGCUGCACCAAUGUUCAAUGAAAGUAAACGAAUAAGUAUUAUUGCUCACAGCUAGCAACGAAAGAAAGAGGAGAAACGUCAGCAAGCUUAAGAAGCAUUAGUGGCGAAUCCAGAAUUUAGACGUUGUGAGUUCUGAAAUGUAUAUCAUUCUAUUUUCACAACACACAUAUAUAGUUAGCACUGGUUUUGCAAACGUGGUGAACUGGUCAUUUGCUCCGCCACUGAGAAACAAAAAUAGGCAUUGUACUUUGAACCAAGGAUCAAGAUAGGAUGCCUAUUCAGUAGAAUUCUCAAGGAUCCAGGAACCAAGAAUGAAGAUAGUAUGUGAAAGUUUGUGUUAAGUGUAAAUAGAUUAGGAACUUAAGGGUACAUAGUCCGUCUUUUGCUGCUUAUUGUACAUACUCUCUGACCAAUAUAUUAGUAUGAAUGUAGAGACUGACAUAUUAUAUAUGGUUUUACUUUCAAUCUCUGUAUCUUCAAUCUGCAAAGAGAAAGAAAAACCUCAGAAUCCUGUUUGAUAGAAACCUUGAUUAUUUUGGAAGCUCAAUGGCAUUGAUCACACCUACUGCCCGAAGAAUGAUAAUACAUUAGCGCCCAAGUCCUUCUAUUGACUGUGAAUUCAAGCAAUAGAAGAAAGAGGUUAAGCUUGACAAUGGGUUUCUUGUGGAGGUAAAAAUAUUUGAGGACAUGAGUUCAUUUAGGGGCAAAGAGAGUUAGAGGGUUUUAUGUACAAAAUUUGCUGGCUUCAUUCUUUAAUUCAUUGUUUGAGGUUUAUACAUU